AUGUCUCGGUUGAAGGAAGAUGUACUUGCAUCUAUGUGUAGGAACAGCACCUUAUCUAAUGCUAAGGCGUUAGGUAUCCUCAAAGAGUCUAUCUACGUAGGACUGUUCUCGUUGUAUAACUUCCGCCAGAUGUGCACAGCUCAUUUUCAUAUCUCUUUUGGCUACCAAUCGCGUUGUGAUGGCAAGCCCGGAGCCAACGAGUAUGUCGCACUUUUAUACAGGCCUGAAGAUAGGCGAAAUAUUACCUUCAACGCCAAACAACUAUAA